GAACCUCUCGCUUUGCCUCUUCUCUGAUUGUGCGCCUUGCCUUGGUGGAGAAAUGUUCCGUUUCCUGCACCAGGCUAGGGACAAGUUGAGAGCGAGAAAGAGGGUUUGCUCGCUGUGCUCUCUGAAAGAAAGGAAAUUGACGGUAAAGUUACAAUUUAGUACGACCAAAAUAAUAGUUAUUCAAUUGUAUAGAAGAUACGGAUUCACUUUUAAUUGCACAGACGAACAUUUUUACGUGUAGCCUAGACAGGCACACCGUAGGUUUUUGCAACGAAGAGGCAGAAGGGAAAGAAGAAAGGCUAUUCUACCCCUUCGUUUGAAACCCUUUAAGUGAACCUACCUCCAGGAUGUCGGAGCGAGGAGGGCUCCCGCGGACUGGAGGUGCCCCCUCCCCGCACUUGCAACCCUCCAAACCGGUCGCGAUCACCUCGAAUCGCCCUGUCCACAUGAACCUAUACGCUACCUGGGAAGUGGACCGCUCUUCACCAAGCUGUGUUCCGAGGCUGUUCAACCUGACCCUGAAAAAGCUGAUCAUGCUGAAGGAGCUGGACAAAGACCUGACGUCUGUGGUCAUCGCUGUCAAACUACAGGGUUCUAAGCGUAUCCUGAGGUCCAAUGAGAUCUUGUUGUCUUCAGCGGGACUGACAGAGACAGACCUUCAGCUCACCUUCUCUCUACAGUACCCCCACUUCCUGAAGAGGGACGCCAACAAGCUUCAGAUCAUGCUGCAGCGUCGCAAACGCUAUAAGAACCGAACUAUCCUGGGCUACAAGACCCUGGCUCUGGGUCACAUCAACAUGGCUGAGGUGAUGCAGCAUCCCAGUGAGGGGGCCCAGGUGUUGGGGCUCCACAGCCAGUUGAAGGAGGCCUCAGUGCUCGUGGCGGAGGUCAGGGUCUACUCCCUCUCCAGCCAGCCCAUUGACCACGAGGGACCCAAGGCCAAGAUGUCUGAUCGUUCUCCAGACAUUGAUAACUAUUCUGAAGAAGAGGAGGAGAGCUUCUCAUCAGAACAGGAGGGCAGUGACGACCCGAUCCACGGUCAGUAUCUGUAUGAUGAAGAGGAUGAGGUGAGGAAGAAGAAGCCCAGACGGAAGCUCACCUCCAAUGCUUCCAUCACCAGACAACCAAACAUCAAGCAGAAGUUUGUGGCCCUGCUGAAAAGGUUCAAGGUUUCUGAUGAGGUGGGUUUUGGUCUGGAGCACGUCUCUAGUGAACAGAUCCAGGAAGUGGAGGAGGAUUUAGAUGAGCUCUAUGACAGCCUGGAGAUGUACAACCCCUCUGACAGCGGACCUGAGAUGGAAGAGACGGACAGCAUCCUCAGCACACCCAAACCUAAACUCAGGCCGUUCUUUGAGGGAAUGUCCCAGUCCAGCUCUCAGACGGAAAUCACCAGCCUGAACAGCAGAGGAGGGAGCCUGGGACGAGACGCCUGCUUCAGCCCUCAGGGGGAGCAGCGGCCUGUGGAGAUGAAACACUCACGCAGUCGCAACCUGGAGGCGGAGACUCUCUCUGAGACGGACACGCUGGAGUUGACGGAUCAGGAGAUGUUUCCGGAGGGCCCCUGUAUUACGGUGUCGGGGGCUGAGAAACCCCGUACACCCCUGAAGAGCAGCAAGAGUGGAGGAGGACAGACCAUGCCCUCCCCCAGGCUGGACGGCAGAGGUCCCACCCCCAAACAGAAGAGACAGAGCAGUACUCCUAUGAAAGAGAGACAGCUGUCUAAACCAAUCAGUGAAGGGGGGAGGACCAACAGCUCCGACAGCGAGAGAUCCCCUGAACUGGGACACAGCUCACAGGUCCUGAGGAAGGCGGUGUAUGACCAGCUGAACCAGAUCCUUCUGUCUGACGCGGCUCUGCCUGAGAGUCUCAUCCUGGUCAAUGGCACCGACUGGCAGGGCCAGUACGUGGGAGAGCAGCUGCAGGUACAGAGGCACCCGGUGGUGUGUACGUGUUCAGGAGCUGAGAUCCAGGCGGUGCUGUCUGCUGUCCUCACACGCAUCCAGAAGUUUUGUAACUGUAACUCGUCCAUGCCCAGGCCGGUCAAGGUGGCAGUGGUGGGUAGUCAGAGCUACCUUGGUGCCAUCCUGCAGUUCUUUGUCACACAGUUGGCAAGCAAGACCUCUGAUUGGCUCAACCACCUGAGGUUCCUGGUGGUGCCCCUGGGCUCUCAUCCUGUUGCUAAGCACCUGGGUGCCAUAGACAACCGUUACAGCUCUGCGUUCUUAGACGGGGCGUGGAGAGACAUGUUCAGCCGCUCUGAACCCCCACAGACAGACCUGUUGGAUGUGGCCGGUAGGAUCUCCCAGUACAUCAGUGGAGCCACCGUCACACACCAGCUGCCCAUCGCUGAGGCCAUGCUUACCUGCAAACACAGGACGCACGAUGAAGAUUCCUACCAGAAGUUCAUUCCUUUUAUUGGGUUGGUGAAGGUUGGUCUGAUUGAGCCAGACACUUCCUCUACAGGAGACACAGAAGAGGGCGUGGCAGUGAGCUUGGCUGUUCCCUCUACAUCCCCUCCCUCCCACGGCUCUCCCACCGGGCUGAUCAAAGAGGCUGCCACUCCCCCCUCCUCUCCUUCUAUGAGCAGUGUUCUCUCAGUACAGGGGAGCCCCAGUAUGUCCCAAGGUGUGGACGCCAUUGGGUUGCAGGUGGACUACUGGCUGGCGUCGCUGGCGGAGAAGCGCCGAGAGGGCGAGCGGCGUGACACAGGUUGUAAGAACACCCUGAAGAGUGCCUUCAGGUCCCUGCAGGUCAGCAGGCUACCAGGAGGGGGCAGCAGUGAGACACAGGCCCAGGUCAACACCAUGGCCAUGACUGUGGUCACCAAGGAGAAGAACAAGAAGGUUCCCACCAUAUUCCUGGGUAAGAAGCCGAAGGAGAAAGAUGUCGACUCUAAGAGCCAGGUCAUUGAGGGUAUCAGCAGACUCAUCUGUUCUGCCAAGCAGCAUCAAACCAUCCUGAAAGUGUCCAUAGACGGAGUGGAGUGGAAUGACGUCAAGUUCUUCCAGCUGGCUGCACAGUGGCCCACCCAUGUCAAGUAUCUCCCUGUUGGACUGUUUGGUUACAACAAACCCCCCUCCUAGGGUCCACCCUUUACGCCCCGCCCAAUCCCGUCCCACCUACGCACACAGACCCCGCCUCUCGGAACGCCGUGGCCACUAAUAUUUGUCAAUUACGAUGAAGGGUUGAGGGGCCGAAUGUAUUUGCUAUGUUUGUCUUAUUUAUCUAUAGCAGGGAGGGAGAGAUGGGUUGGAUAUGGGGUGCAACGCUACUAGUCACUUGAAUGAAUUGAAAUGGCCCUCUCUCUGUCUAGCGUGUGUGUAUGAGGGGCCCCCAGCACAAGAUAACGGACUGCCGUUCAACUAAUCCUAACGAUGAGAUGCACCCGCAUGAGUAACUCCCAUUACGAGUUCCCUGACCCUUGACCCCUGACAUCUGGACCCUUUAACCUUUAACCCUGACCAGGUAGUUCUCUUAUCACCUUGAACCUGCCCCGGUGUCACCAAAGGCCAACCUGCAUGCUGUACACUACACCACCACGUGCCAGUUAUAACAAGAGUAUCAUAUUAUGACAUGUUAUAACAGUACUGCCAUGGUUAUUAUGGGGUAUGGAGGGGAACUUGGGAUCCAAACAUACUGUACAUGUGCAUGAAAUGGAAUGAACAACAGACAACACCUACAGUAGCAAUGCUUUUUCUGCUCCCUAAUGACAUAAAUGCUUUUUUUCCCCUCACCAAUGAUGUACAGUAAGUUGACAUGUUAUGCAUAUGAAGAGCAGAACAUAUAAGAGAAGGCUCUAGUGUUUUUUUUUUUGUAACGACAUUUGAACUCUCUGUGUACAGCGAGGGCGCCACUGUUUGCCCCGACUUUACUGAGAAGAGGCAAUAUUUCUGCUGUCUGUAAGGCUUGUCCCUUUAUCAAUCUGUUGUUGUUGUCAGCGUUGCUCUCUUGAUGCACACUCCAAUGUAUAGUCCUCCUUCUGCUUGUGGACGUACAGUAUAUCACCUGUGUGGGGCUGUUGCAUUCUGGGAAUUGUAGGCUGAGGCUUGUGCUGAGGUUAAAUUGGGGGACAGGAGCUGUGACCGUCAUCUUCAUCUUUUGCGAUGCACUUCCAAUAACUCCUCCCCCAGCGCUAUAGUAGCUAGGUAUCCUACUCCAAAGCACAAUGUCGCACGCUACUAGUGACUUUUUAUCCCUGUCUUUACCUGUCAAGGGUUGCAAAAUUCCAGCAACUUUUCCAAAAUUACCAAGUUUUCUAAAAAUCCUAGUUGGAAGGUUUCUGAGAAUUAGGAGGGAAUAAGUAGGAAAUCCAGAAUCUCCCGACCUGGAUUUCUGGAAAACAUGCAUUUUCCAGCCCUGCCUGUGAUAGACGGGCAGCGUUCACUCCACUGAAAUGGUUGGUGUGUUUUGUCUAGGGUGUUGUGAGGUGGCCAGUGUCCAGUGACAGGUGUGUUAUUAUGUAAUGUGGUAAAACGAAAAACAAUAUUGAAAUAUCUAUGAAACCAGUUUUAUAAGUAACCCACGCGACACAGUAUGAUUGUUUUGUGUGGCCACGUGUUCGUGUCCCAGAUGUGGUCAAUAUCGCUUUAUGAGUUCUGUAGGCUGCGGUAUCAGCGGCCAGACGUUUGCCUUGUAGACUGACACAAAGAUAGGUGACACCAAAUGACCUUUUAAGAGCUACCAACAGCUCUGGUGCUGUUAAGAAAAACUGAAGACAAAUCAUUUGUAUCCAAAGAAUUUGACUUAAAUCAUUGAUUUUCAAUUUAGUAGCAAAGUCUAUGGUCUAUAAUGUACCUGCAAUGUACCUUCAAAUUAGUACAUUUUGAGUGAAAUGGCAAUGUGUUGUAAGCAAAACACUAGUCCUCUUGCGGUCUAAAAUGAAAGCUAGCGAGUGUUGAGUAGCUUAGCCUUGUGUCACCUACAAAGUAACCUUCCCCAUCUGUGCGGAGUGAAGAAUUGUGACAUAUCAAGUAUUACAAUGCCAAUGUCUCGAUUUUUGCUGUUAUUAUUAUGAUUUUUGGGGUAACUUUUUAGGUAGGGUUUUUUUCAGCUUAGGUGUAACAGUUUUAAAAGUUGUUGACGUCAUCACCUUGUGUAACUCAAAUCUGGCCCUGUUCUCUUUGGGGGGCGGGGCUUGUACAAAGGAAGGUUUUUGCACCAAGGGCUUCAAACUGAUUGUGCGCAUAAGUACACAGCUAUGCAUGUUCCACAAAUAAGUCUGAACGAUAGAAUGUACGGAUCUCAAACAACAAGGAUGUACUAGAGAUAUCAUCUGAACUUAAUUUGAAUGUGCAAAUAAUAUUCACUGUUAGUUUCUAUUAUCUCUUCUCAGUCUUGUCGACAAAAAGCUUUAUUGUUGAGUAAACAUACAUUUUGGAAGUUUUAACACCAUUUUAUCAGUCCAGAAUAGGGUUGCAAAGGGAGGGUAUAUUACUGGAAACUUUCUAAGUUUGCCAGUAAACUACCACCAUUUUUGUAACAUUCAAGGAUUUUAUGUAAUUUAUCACAUCUAGUGGUAAAUCAUCAAAUAAGAUGAUUUUUUAAUUUUUUAUUAAAAUGGAAUGUCAAAGCUGUAAAACAUUCCUAAAUAUUAAUAAUCAACUUCGUGAAUACCAUUGGUGAUUAAUAUGAGGGUUUCAGCAUGAAAUAGCAACCAUAACAUUUUUUUAAACACUUAUUUAUUUUACUAUGUCAAUAUGCCUUUGUUGUAAAUGUGAUGGCAGUUGUGAAAAAAGUCAAUAGUUGGAAGAGUUGCAGAGUUAAUUAAGAAUAAUGCCAUUGUUCAUUAGAUGCCUUUUUAAAAUUAUUUUGGCUAUUUUCUCUUGAUCAGAGGGUCUAUCCACUAGAAACUAAUGGACAUUAUGGACAGAUAUGACAAAUUAAUACUAUAUAUGAAUUUAAAAAAUGUAAAUUUAUUCAACUUUACAUUUCCAAAGUUACCAUCGAUUGCUAUAGAUUCCGGUAACUUUAGUAAAUUACUGGUAGCUUUACCCUAGUCCAUAACCAGCUGUUAGUUCACUAGAAUGUUUUAUUUUUUAUUAUAAAACACAAACACACCAUAAUAAUCUCUCUCAAUUCCAUAGUCAGUUGACCUUGUAACCUCUGUGAGCUUGAAUACUUUGUGCAACUUCCCUGUGAGUAUCAAAGAGAGAUACGGCAAAAGGCAGUGGUACUCUUGAAAGCAGACCGUUUGAACCCUGCUUCUCAUAGCAAGUGUCACUGCCCACCAGUCGAGGGCUAGACCCAGACCAAUGCCUUCAUGUGGACUUGGACUCUUAAUGCAUAUUUUAACUGAGACUGUAUCCUACUGUAUGAAUGUUAUGUACACCAUGGUUUCUCUAUGGGAGGGACGUUUUUGCUUGAGGAUAGUGACCUCUACCUGUAGCUACGCUACUCCCUAACCACAGAUCUAGGAUCAGAUAACAAUUACCCCUCCCCUAGUUCUAACCAUAACCAUUAGGGGGAUUAAAAGAUAUCUGACCCUGUGUCAGUGGUUAGAGGAGAUUUAUACCAUCUCUGAGCAGAACAAAGAGGUCCAAUUUUCUCUAUGCCUUGCCGUGUGUUAUUAGCAUAAUAGGGAGUGUAAGAUAUGAUUAUAUUUGAACUCAUGUCUCUUCAUAGGGGGAUCAUAAGCAUUCACUGAAUGGGACAAAGAAAUCACUGCCAAGAUGUCAAAUGUUACAUGGAUAUAACACCAAGCUGAAGCGGGGGGUGAUGUAGAUAUGUGUUCAAUGUUUUGUAAUGUUUUUGGUGAUAAAAACUUUGUUCCAAAGUAAUAAUUUUAAUGUUGGAAACAUUAUUUUUCCACUAUACAUUCCAAUGUUUACUCCUCUCUCUCCUCUCCCCCUGUUUCCAGUUCAGUCCCUUCUUUCACCUGUCGUACCAUUUAACGUGUUUGUUUUUCCCUACCUUCUCUAGGCCUAUUUGUCCUGUGUGGCUGUCUCUCAAACUUGUACCUGAUAUAUGCGUACCUGUGUCUCUACCUGUAUUGACCUGUAGUUACUGUGAUGGUCUUUAUGUCCACGACUAACGUAUAGGGACAGCAGUUUUUGCUGACCAUGUGACCCGACCAGGAACAACUCUGGGCCUUAGUUAUAGAGUACAGGGCCCAGACUGUUUCUUGAAACGGGUCAUAUGGUCCUGAAACACUUCUGUCCUGGAGGGGAAGAACAAUAUGAUCUGUUAAUAUGAAUAAAUCAAUUUAGCGAUCAAUACUGUCCUUCCUCUCUGCUAUCAUCACAAUGUGUUUCAGAACAAAUGGGAGUGAGAGAUCGAGAACAAACCGUAAGAUAUCUAGAGUCUCUGCCAGGAUCCCACACGCUUUGCUUCUAAUAAAGCCCAUUUGAAAGGAUCCCUGCUUGUAACAUAGCACCCUAUCACAGAAGAGAAUCUGUUUUUGCAUAACACUGCUUGGACUACACUUGUGCUUGGUAGUAGUUUGAAGGGAGGAUUCUGGCGCUUGAGAGUUUGGAGAGUAAUUUUGCACAUGCCAUUGUUUCUUCAGCAGCUUUUUUGCCUUUUGUCUAUAAACAGUAAUAAUGCUUGUACAUAUCACAACAGUACUUCUGUAUUGUAUCUUAGUCCUUGUUUUUUUAUUUGAAAUGUUUUGUAGUACUUUUUCAUGAUUAUGUUGUCAAUUAAACUGAUGUGGGAUGGAAAA